AUGUUCAACCUCUACCAGCACCUGAAGGCGAACAGCGAACAGCAACGGGAGUCCGAGACCACGGGCCACGACCGCUUCUACCAGGAGCGCUCGAGGUCCAGUUACAAGAAGAAGCAGCGUCGCCCCUGCAGACGCGCGCAGUCGGCGGCCGAGCUGAACCCAGAGUCGAUCGCCGCGGCGAACAAACGCAACGCCUUCAAGAUGCGCUCCGUUUCCACCGACCGCGAGGAGAGCGAAGAGGAGAAUACGGACCGGACGCCGCUUGUAGCACAGAAGAUCGACUCUCUGGCCAAGCUGCUUUUCAACAAAUCCCUUAUGGCCAGCAGCUCCGGCAAGUCAUCGCCUUCUGAACCAGCAUCCUCACCAAAGACUGGGGAGAGGUCUUUUGAGAGCUCAGUUGCCUUAGCUAUCUGCACCGAGUAUCUAUCACAGACUUCUAGGUACGACCUUAAGUCGCAAUUGGGGGCAAUAGGUUCGCGUCCGUACAAGCACUGGUUCGCAAUUCACGACAAAUCCAUCAAGGCCGAUAGAUUGAUGUCGUUGGUGCCCUUGACGAGCAAGUGCCCAAUCGAGCCCAGCGAACGUUCCCGGGAGCUGCUUGUCGAGCUGUUCCGUGCACUGCAUCAUCCCUACAUCUACCCAGUGUUGGAGUUGCAGCUCUGCAGCGGGCACGCUCUUACCAUACUGCCUUUCAACCCCCGCGGCAGCUUGAAGGACUUGAUAUAUAAGAGCACUUGGCACGAGGAGUACUCGAAGAAAUACAACCAGAGCGGCACAGGACUUCCCGCGUGGCAGGUUGCCACAUUCGGCCGCCAGAUUUUGGAAGGUCUGCUGUUCCUCAAGGAGAAGGGGUUCCCGCCAUUCCGGCACCUGCACUCCGGCAACGUGGUCAUCCAAAAUGGCGUCGCGCGGAUAUGCGGCCUGGAGAACACCCUGAUCGGUGCGCUGCCGCGGUGCCCCCUGCUGCUGGUCAGCGGGCCGGAGCACGCGGAGACCCUGUCCCUGGGCCACGUGCUCUUCGAGAUGUGCGCCGCCGCGGACACCAACAUGGCCAUGCUGGCGGACCUCGCCCACGAUUACCCCCACGUGGUGGACAUCAUUGAGCAGAUAUUCGGCGCUCGCACGCCCAGCCUGCACGAGCUAUUACUCUGCGAGCUAUUCCGUAAGAUCGAUCUACGCGAGAUGAGGGGCUCCUGUCUACCGAACUUCAACCAGCGCCUGUCUCGCUCUUGCCUCUGCCUGCUGGGCGAGGUGUCCCGCCGCCAGGCGACCGGACGGUCACGGACCCCACCCGCCUCCCCCCUGACGCCUCCACCACGCAGGCGACAUUUUCAAGUGGAACAGGACGUCACGGAGGUCUGGGAGUGG